CUUACAGUGGGGUCACUCCCAUGAAGUCUCCAUACAGAAACAGACAUCUGUCUUCUUAAAGAGUACCACAACACUAUUGCAGGGCAACAGUGUUUUUGUCAUGAGAAUCACAUAUGCUUUUGAUGGAUGAUGAUUUAACACUUUGCCGCUCCUCAACAACUUGUGAAUGUGCCUAAAAAAGUGAUGGAGGACAACAGCUCAUGGGUUGGUGGUGAGGUGAGACAGAUCAAUGAUCGGGUGAUUUCUGUGCAGCUCCUGGUCACGAUGUUUCUUGGCAUCAACUUUUUGCUUAUCUUAACCUUUUUCAAGAAGAAGUCCUUCUACACAAUAGCACGCUACAUCUUAUUUGCUGUUACACUACUGUCUGAUAGCUUGAUAUUACUUAUAUCUAAUAUUCUGUACCUCUUGGCCUAUUUUAAUUUUACCAUACAAGUUUGGUUAUGCAUAAUUAUUUCUACAGUGCUGAUUCUGUAUUCGAUGGUCACACCAGUUACUCUGACAGCAAUGACCUUGGAGCGAUAUGUUGCCAUUUGCAUGCCUCUGCGCCAUGCAGAGCUGUGCUCCCAACGCAUCCAUGUGCAUUGCAUCCUCAUCAUUCAUGGCCUCAGCUCUUUGCCAUGCAUUGUUGUCUUAUCCUUUUUCUUUGCGUCAGCCUCUCUGAGCUUGUACAAACAACACAGGAUAUGUGCUAUGCAGAUGUAUAUUUUGCAUAGAUGGCAGGGUCAUAUCAGGUCAACUGUACAACAGUUUUACUUUUUCAUUAUGGUUAUCAUCAUUGUAUUCUGUUAUGUUGAAAUAAUGAAAGUAGCCAAAACGGCAUCUGGACAUGAUAAAAAGUCAUCACAGAAAGGUCUCAGAACAGUGAUUCUUCAUGGUUUCCAGCUGCUGCUCUGUCUCAUCCAGCUAUGGACCCCUUUCAUAGAGAUCUAUGUAUACCAGAUUAAUGUAUUUUUUGAUGUAAGGUUCUUUAACUAUGUAUUGUUUUAUCUUACUCCAAAAUGUCUGAGUCCUCUGAUAUAUGGGCUCAGGGAUGAUCAGUUUUUUCAUGCACUGAAAAGCUAUGCCUUCUUAGACUUGUAUAAAAGAAAUAUAUUUCGAGGUAGACUACUUGUUGUAACAGAAAAAAUGCACAAGGCGCCGUAAAAAUAGUGACUCACUAUGGUUGCAAUUCACUUUAACAUUAGAAUUUAAAGAAAGUUUUGGUUCAAACUGAUUUACUGUAACAAGCUCUACUAAUAAAAAAAAAAAUCAAGUUGUGACAGUUGUGAUGUUACAUAUGUGUUGUAUGCUUCCUAUAAGAAGACAAUGGUCUUUUUCUGCCUUUUUAGACAAGG